UUGGUGAAGUUGGGUUGGCUGGUUCGAGCGUUGACUAAAAACCGUGAUAUGUUGUGUUUAUGGCUCCAUCGUAUAGGCUAUGAAAAAAAUCCAGUUAUCAAGAGUGACAUUCGUAUUUGUGUUGCAGGAAACCAAGGAGAUAAUUUUGAGCACUCUUGUUAGUUGGCUUUGUAGGCUACCACCUGCUUCCGUGCAGUCAUUUAAGGACGACCCAGCCAGCCGAAGCUGUCAGUUAUUUCGCUUAGCAACGUAGGGUUGGUUCCUUAGCUCUUGGCCCAAGUAACGGUAGCUCUGUUCUAGAAUCUUUGGUAGCAACUAGUUCUAGAUCUGACCUCAAACCGUUUGUCAUUCUCUUGCAGUAGCUAGAAUCUAGCUUCUUAUUUUUUUUCCAACUCGUCCCGAUAAAAAUAAUAAUGCUACUGAGACAGAUGAGCCAGAAGUCCGCUUUAUGCGGCACUGCGUUGCGGCUACCAAACUAUGUCCCUGGGGCAAAACAUCAGAAGGGGGCCCCUGUGUCUGCUCAAAAUGCCCGAUUUUAUGUCAGCCAAGCAGCAGAGGCAGUGUUGGAUAAGCAAGCGGUGGGAGCAGACUCCAGCUCUAAGGCAGAGAAAGUGGACAAGGCUGCCAUGGUGGAGUCAAAGUCUUUUGCAGUCAACAUGUUCAAGGGCCAGAUCAGCACGUCUCAGGUGUUUCCGUAUCCUUCAGUGAUGAAUGAGGAGCAGACCCAGUUUCUCCAGGAGCUUGUGGGACCCUGUGCUAAGUUUUUUGAGGAAGUUAAUGACCCAGCCAAGAAUGAUGCUCUGGAGAAGGUGGAGGAUCACACAAUGGAGGGCCUGAAGGAGCUGGGGGCCUUUGGCCUGCAGGUGCCCGCUGACCUGGGUGGGGUCGGCCUCACCAACACACAGUACGCCAGGCUGGUGGAGAUUGUGGGUAUGCACGAUCUGGGCGUUGGCAUUACCCUCGGUGCCCACCAGUCCAUCGGCUUUAAGGGCAUCCUCCUGUUUGGCACCCCUGCUCAGAAAGAGAAAUACCUUCCCAAGCUGGCCACAGGUGAGCACAUGGCUGCGUUUUGCUUGACGGAGCCUGCCAGUGGCUCAGAUGCGGCAUCCAUUAAGACCACAGCGGUCCGCUCCGCUUGUGGAAAGUACUUCACCCUGAAUGGAGGGAAGAUCUGGAUCAGCAACGGAGGCCUGGCAGAAAUAUUCACGGUUUUCGCCAAGACGCCGGUCAAAGACGAGAAGACAGGAGAGAUGAAGGACAAGAUCACGGCCUUUGUCGUCGAGCGGAGCUUCGGAGGCAUAACACAUGGCCCACCGGAGAAGAAGAUGGGCAUCAAGGCGUCCAACACGGCAGAGGUCUACUUCGAGAAUGUGCGCGUGCCGGCCGAUUGCGUCCUGGGCGAGGUGGGCGGCGGCUUCAAGGUGGCCAUGAACAUCCUGAACAACGGGCGCUUCGGAAUGGCCGCAGCUCUCUCGGGCACCAUGAAGGGUGUCAUGACCAAAGCCGUGGACCAUGCUGCCAACCGCACGCAGUUCGGCAGCAAGAUCCACAACUACGGCGCCAUCCAGGAGAAAGUGGCACGCAUGGCCAUGAUGCAAUAUGUGACAGAGUCUAUGGCCUACAUGAUCAGCGGUAACAUGGACAGUGGUGCAGCCGACUUUCAGAUUGAGGCAGCCAUCAGCAAGAUCUUUGCCUCUGAGGCUGCUUGGAUUGUGACUGACGAGUGUAUUCAGAUCAUGGGAGGAAUGGGCUUCAUGAAGGAUGCGGGUGUGGAAAGAGUCAUGAGGGACCUGAGAAUUUUCCGGAUCUUUGAGGGUACUAAUGACAUCCUGCGGCUCUUUGUGGCCCUCAACGGUUUCCAGAAUGCCGGUAACCAGCUGAAGAGUUUGCAGAAAGCGCUGAAGAACCCCUUUGGGAACCUUGGCGUGCUGACAGGCGAAGUUACCAAGAGGGCAAAGCGGAAGGCAGGGAUGGGAACGGGGCUGACUCUCCAGGGAACAGUCCACCCCGACUUGGCUCACAGCGGAGAUUUGACCGUGAAAGCCAUUGAGCAGUUUGGCACUGUUGUUGAGGAGCUGCUUCUCAAACAUGGCAAGAGGAUCAUCGAUGAGCAGUUUGUGUUGAAGAGAGUGGCGGACUGUGCCAUUGACCUGUACGCCAUGGUGGUGGUCUUAUCAAGGGCUUCCCGCUCCCUGGAGCAGGGGCACUCAUCUGCCCAGCACGAGAAGAUGCUCUGUGAGACCUGGUGCUUGGAGGCUCACGAUCGCAUCAUGCACGACAUCCACUUCCUGAAGUCGAGCAACUCCAAGCAGAUCUUCAAGAACAUGCGAGCCAUCUCCAAGGCCGUGGUGGAAACCGGAGGGGUGGUCACCCCUCACCCCCUGGGUUUCUAAGGCUCCAUCCAUCCCCUCCAUCCAUCCCCUCCUCCCCCUCCUCCCCUCAUCCACUUCAUCAUCCACUCACACACUUCACACCGAUCUUCAUAUUCUUUCCCAUCUCAUUCACGUCAAUCUGGAUGAAUGCGUAAUAUAUAUGCUUAACUGUGCAUUACCAUACAAGUGCAUUACUGUUUUAUGUUCUCAUGGAGGAAAAACAAAGAGCUUGAUGCUAGCGCACAAUGUGCACAAAGUGUAUACUGGCUAAGCACUUUUGGGGCAGUUACAAUGCCAAUGUUUUGAAGAGGAACUAGGUGGUCAUGAUACUAUUUAACGUGAAAAGAGCAGAUAAGGCAAGUCCCUUGUUAAAAAUAUCGUUCAAUAACACCCUUGAGUGCCUUGUUCCUCAGUCGAGCAGCUGAACACCAGAAAGUGUUAUCUGACUAACUAGCUAAAUAACGAUCACCGUGUUUUGGAUGGUGUGGUAAAGCAAACGUUAAGUACUUCCUAUUGACGUUCCCCAAAAGAGACACAACAAAGCACUUGAAAUGAUUUGAAUAAGUAAAGAACAGUAAGACUGUUGUAAUAGGUUCACAUUCACUUCAUCGCAAAUUAAAAGGAAGGGGAGACCAUUGAAUUUCAUCAUAACAGCCGGAUGGUUGAUAAGCAAAGAUGAUAAAUGUUGAAAGACCGGCGGUGUUUUUUUUUUUUUUUUUGCACAGUUCAAGAGGCAAGUGUUUCUAAAUACUGCUCAGCGGGGGUCACAUACAUUCACCCAGUCCAGCUCCUUCCCAUACCCAUGUCUGAGUUUGAGUUUCCUAUAAUCAGUCAUGUCGUUAGCUACAGUCCCUCACCAGGGGACACUAUUAUGGUCUUUACUGUUUGGUACUCACAUGGGUCAAUAUUGUUGGCCCCUCAUUAACUCCACCACAUGGUUACCAUAUACAGUAACUCACUUUUUGUAAUGGUCAGUAACAUUUCAGCAGACUUUCCCUCUCCAACAUUUACCAGGUGUUGCUUUUGAAUGUUGUUUGGAAUAGGUUUUUGCCAUGUGUAAUGGCCAACUUCCUACCCUAUCACAUCUACAUAUAUACACAGUCAAGGUUUCAAUGUGGUUGUCGCAGCAACUUUUCAACUCUGCCAUGCUGGUAGAAUAGUCUGAGGACUAUAGUUUAGGCCUAGUUUUUACAAGCUGAAAAACUGUGCUAAAACAGAUUUAUUUAUUUUUUUGUCCUUUAGCAUUGUUUCACCAAUAGUGACUCAAUAAAGUGUACAAUUCUGAGGAUUGUAUAGGUAUACAACCAUAGAUAUAUGUCUAUGUAUACAACCAUGUAAAAGUUAGCCAAAAAGUCCACAUGCUAAUUCAUUUGCACUGUAUCCUAUCAUUUUGUGUGUCAUAUUUAAUGUGCUAUGCGUCUAAAAUUUUACUUAUUUAAUUUAUUAUACAUUUAUAUAUCCUCUAUAACUUUGCCCAAAUGUAUCACUUCUCAAUGAAAGUGUGGCUAUUUCUGUCUAAAUAGCCUAAAUAGUCCCAUACCUGUUUACUUAUUCAACGGCUUUGUAAACAUACUCUCAGAUGGUCAUGACCGGCAACAGUUAAGGGUAGGAAUUCUGACUGAGAACAGUACCAAUUUGUCUACACCGUCAAUAUUUUGCCCUUGUUUGGUUGUAAUGAUGAAAUAGAAAUUACUGAAAUAUAUGAAAGAAGACUA